UUGUUGUUUUGUUUGGCUGUUAGUUGGUUUUGUUGUUGCUUUUAGUGGCGCCAGUAGCACCCGACAUCGUCACGCUGGAGGCCAAUAGCAAGACCUCAACCCGUAGACAAUUUGUCUUGACUUGUUGUUGCUGGCUGGCUGCUGCUGUUGGUGGUUUUUUUGCCUUUUUUUUUUGCUUUUUUGCUUUUUGCGUUUUGUUUUGGCUUUUUUGGUUUCGUAUCGGCAACAAGAUCUCCUGCUGCGUCUCCGCAUUGUUGUUGCAAUUGCUGUUGCAGUUGCAGUUGCAUUCAGAGUUGUUGAUGCCGCCGCCUUCUUAUUUUUUUUGUUUCUUUGCCACAGAAUCCAAAGCCAACUUAGUUUUGUGGCCCCAAAGCACAUUGGAACUCCACUGGGUUCUCCAAGUGUUGAUUAAUACCAUGAGUCGUAGGAUUAUGGCCACAAAAAAAUACCAAAAAUCACUCCAAAAUAAUGGCUUUUUAUAGUUUAUAGUUAAAUGAAACCUAUUAUAAUAGAUCUUUUAGAUUAUUAUUAUUGUUAAAAGACCCUUAAGUCCUCUUAAGAUGCUCCCAAAAUAAAACUUUUGUUUCCCAAGUACCGGAUAUUUAUAUUUCAAAACUUUUCUUAAACAAGUACUGUGAUUAUGGUGAGAAAGUACUGCUGUACCACUGUAGCCACACACAGCGCUGCCUCACCUGUACAGUGGAACACCUAGCCCCUCCCAGACUCUGCCUCCCAGGCCGCCAAAUAUUUUUUCGGAAAAAAACAGGAAAAAAAAACUCCGCCCCGGGCCGGGCCGGUCCGGGCAGUCAGUCGUACUCCUCGGAUCCGUACUCGAUAUGGUGAUGGAUAUGCGUGCAGCAUGAUCAUGAAGUCGCUUUGAUCUUCUGUCUGCGCUGUCUCGAAAUAAAUGAAAUGACUCAGACACGGGCAUAAAUUUUGCAACAAAUGCAACAAAAAUUUAAGAAAAUAUACUGCCGGAAAUGUCAUAAGCGCAUAAAUAUAAUUUUUUGAUAAUUGUAUGCGUUGCGAAGCGUUAAUGGAACUUUAAUUGAAACUCCUUCAAAAAUCGGCGAAAUAAAAACGAGAUGUUGCAACCAAAACAAAUCUUUUUAAAUAGCCCAGAGAUUCUCGAGAGGGUGGGCGGCAGAACUGUUGAUGUCUUCAUCAUGGUUUUUUGCAAAAAAAAAAAAUAUGUAUGGCAAUUAUGACUUGAUGGCCGUUUCAAAAAAAAAAACCAAAGAAGCACAGCUAAAGGGGUGGCCAAUUAGCCAAAGGAGAUCGUUAGCUGUCUGGCGAUCAUUAGCGAAUUGUCUUAACGAUCUGUACAGCCAAUUGCUUGCCAAUUUAUCUAGUUAAUUAUACGGAUUUUCUAUAGUUAGAACUCUAUACAGUUGAUGGAGGGAUGGAGAGAAACUGCACAAAAUUAUACAUUUCUUGGCGGCAUUUCUUGAGAGCAACUUUGUUGCCGAGUGUUUCCCGUUCCGUUCGGCUAAUUGAAUUUGAUAAAAAGCCCGCAUAUGCUUCUAAUUGAACGAAACACACAAACAAAGUCGGUCUAAAUAUCUAGAGAUAACAGAAAGCUAUGCUGAUAAUGAUUAAGGCCCUAACAUUCGAUUGGCAACAAUCCUAAUUGUCUUUAAAGCCAAAAUAAUACCAGCUCCCCCAGCUGUGUGUUUGCUCCCCAAAAACAAACCGUUUUCCAACACUGACUUGUCAAGCAGCUGUCACUUGGCUUUCUGUCAGAUUACUUGAAAAUUUUUCCUCAAAGCGAAAAGGUCUAAAAAGUGAAAACUUGGCAGAAAAUCAAAAAAAAAAGGGAAAAAACUUAAAAAAAUUGUAAAAAAAAUGGGUAACCGUCGUGAAAAGCACCAGAAGAGUAGCCGUUCUCAGCUAAAGUCGAAGAAUCCGCGCAAUGAGCCCGACGAAGUAAAAAAUCGCGAAAAGCAAAGGGAGCGGGAGAUGCGCCGAGCACGUUCCAGGAGCGAAGAUGUUAACCUGAAUGCGGUGCAGCUUAGGUCCCUUACUCCGCCACUGGACCAGAUGCCCGGAAAUUUGGCGAUUGUGCGCCGGGUCUCAGUGUCCAGUUGGUGUCCGUCGGCCAGUUCUAGUAAGGGGAGCCCUUCAGGCUCGCAGUCUGAUUCCGAGUCGGAAUCGAGUUCCAAUGCCGACAGACGCGAGUGUACUUUUAAAUCCAAAUCUGCGAAAAGCAUGGGUAGUAGUCGCAGGAUUUUUUUGAAACCUUCAAAUAUGGUUGUUAGGAGCCGUAGCUCGUCCAGUUCCAAGAGUCGCUGCAGAAGUAGAAGCCCUCAUUGGAGAGAUAAGAUGAGGGCUUCCGAGGAGACCAAGCAGGAGCAGAAAAGCAGCGUCAGUCGCAGCAGCAGCACCACCACCACUCGCACCACCAGCAGCGUCAAAAGCAGUGCCAGCAGCACCAAUCUAUCCAAGAAACUGCUGCUGCAGAAAGCCAUGUCCAAUAGACGGAUCGUGAUCAAGGAGACCAGCUCGUCCAGUAGCGAGGAGAGCGAGGAGGAGCCGUCGACCAGCCGGGGUGCUGGCAAGAUUGGCAAGAAAGGCCGCAAUAGCUUCUUCGCCGCAAGAAGCUCAAGCAACUGGGCGAAGUCCUGGAAGAGGAGUGCCAGCCAGAGUUCGGAGACUUCUCGGGAUGCAUCCCAUUGUCGUAGUCGUAGCCGCAGUCCCAGACGUAGGCGUAGUCGUAGCUGCACCCGGGAUCCGUGCACCUCCCGCAGCACCCUUCGCAGCACCGUCGUCCGUAUCGGCAGUCCCUGGCGCAGUUCUCCGGCCAAGUCGAAGCUCUCCAACGAGUCCUCCAGUCGCAGCAGCAGUCGCGAGAAUAAGACCUGGUUUGUAACCAAUAACCAAGCGGAAAAGACCACCAGUUCCGUCCGCAACCUUUCAAAUCCCUGGAAAAUGGAGCCCAAGAGUCAGCGUCUGACCGCCGCCGAGAAGGCCAACAACCAGGCGGAGGACUAUCGCAACAAGCACGAGAUAUCCGUGGGCAGUAACGAUCCCAGGCCGAUACCCAAGCCGGUGACUUCGUUUCAGUUUUCGGGCCUGAGCGAGACCAUCGUACAGGAACUGCAGCUGCAGACCUUCACGGAACCGACUCCGAUACAGGCCCAGGGUUGGCCAGUCGCCCUGGCCGGCAUAAACCUGGCCAUCAUCUCGCCCUCCGGCACGGGCAAAACUCUGGCCUACUUGCUGCCAGCCAUCGAUCACAUCAUGUCCCGCAAGCCCGUCGGCCACAAGGCUGUUGGUCCGAUAGUUCUCGUCCUGGUGGCCACCCGGGAUGCCGCCGUCGAGGUCCACAAAGAGGCCCAGGUCUACACUGUGCGUCGCAACUUGCGCAGCCUUUGCCUGUGCGGCAUGGGUCCGCGCCAGAUGCAGGUGACAUCCUUCCGUUCCAGCUGCGAACUGGUGAUCGCCACUCCCGGGCGCCUCCUUGACAUCCUGGCCGAGUCUGGCUCGGAUCUGGCCUACGGACUGCAGCGUUGCUCCUUCAUGGUCGUCGACAGCACCGAUCGGAUGCUGGAGAUGGGUCUGGAGGGCCAGCUGAGUCGCAUCUUCCGCCAGUUGCCCAGAAUUGCCCAACUGAUACUCGCCUCCACGACGUGGUCCCGCGGGCAGGAGCGUAUGGCCCGGAAGUUCCUCGGGGAUUAUACCCUGGUUCGUGUCGGUCCCACUGUCAACUCCAACUACAAGAUCCACACCCGUCAACGAGUCAGGAUACUGGAUGAGGAGGACAAACGGGAUCAGCUGAAGAAGGAGCUCACAGAGAUCUAUGAUUCCAGCAACGAUCCCGGGAAGGUGGUGGUGUAUGCGGAGCGCAAGCGUCGCGUGGACGAGCUAGUGUCCUUCAUCCAGGAGUAUGUGCCGUGCGACGGCAUCCACGGCGGACGCACUCAGGCGGAGCGCGACGACGUCAUCCAGGACUUCCGUGACGGCGUCUACAACAUUAUCGUGGCCACGGACCUGACAUCCCGCGGCCUGGAGGUGCCCGGCAUACGCUAUGUGAUCAACUACGACUUCCCCAGCUCCAUCGACGGCUAUGUCCAGAGAUUAGCUCGAACGGGCUGCUCCCUGUCCGACGGCUGCGAGGCCAUUAGCUUCUUCACCGUCGAGAACGAGAAACACGCUAAGCCGCUGGCCAAGAUCCUGGAGGAGUCCAACCAGUACGUCGAUCCCCGGCUCAAGGAGUGGGCCAAGUCCAAUAGGUUCGCCGGAAAUGGAGCUGCCGUGCGCGGGGCCCUUGGAAAGGCGGCCAAGUCCGGGAAGGGCAAACACAAGAAGAGUGGCGCGAAUGGUCGCAGGACUGGAAAGAGGGGUGGACGCGGCGCCAAAGCUAGGAGGAAUAAGCUUCGCCAGCGUGCCAAUCGCAAUCGCUAAUUGUUAUCGAUUAGCCGACUAGGCUCAUCCCUAACCACGUAAGAGAUCUAAACAUACGUAGCUCAUCUCUAGAAAAUUGAACUUUAAGAAAAACUUUGCAAUUAAAUUUUAAAGAAAAGCUUAGCUUGCUUAAUUAAUAUUCUUCAAAAAAUCACAUACUUCAACCACAACUCGCUUGAAUCCAUAACAGAGCCAAUAAACCCAAUAAAUUUCAUUUCGAUUACGUUUCUGGAAUUGGAAAAAAUUAAGAACGAAGACUGAAGGCCUGAAGACUGAAGAAUGCACGUCCACAGAAGAAAGUUGUGCAUUCAGAGCGAGGACGUGACGAAAUGCAAGUGUCACUUUAACUGCCCAUACGGAAAACAAAUAAAAUCAAGAACAUUUACAAAUUCAAAUCAUGAAAGCCCGCAAACACAGCCUGGAAUUUCCGAAAAGCCUUUUGGCGAAAAAACAUGACAUUUUAUUAUAAAUGUAUAUCCUCAUUAGUCGUACAAAAUCUGUGAUGUAUGAUAUAAAUUGUUUGCAAUUGAUCAGCCAUGGUAAUUCCAAUAAACAACCUUAACAGCGGGACGGAAAAAAUAUUCGACAAGAUCUUGGGAUUCGAACUCGAAUCGUUUUGAUUUUCAAACUCGAUCGGCUAUUCGAUCGCCUACCGUCCGAAUGUGACAUAUAUGGGUCAAUAUUUUUAUUUAGUUGUUUGCGCCAAAAGCAAAUGGAAAUGAAUCAAAAUUCAUUAGAGCUGAAUUUAUUGUGUUGGCCAUUUGAUUUCAACUUCAACCGGCUGAUUGGAGUGCAAAAAGGGGGGGGUGUCUACACUUUAAUACAUAAAUAUAUAUAUAUCGCCUAUAUCGCCUUCCGAUAUCGGUUCAACACAGGUGGCUUGCAGCUGAGUUUUAUGUGCAGAAAAAAUAGAUAUAUUGUAUAUAGGUAUGGGUGGAAAAAAAAGGGGGCGGCAGGCCGU